UCCAACCUCUCUCAUUCAAAAACAACUUACUCUUCUCUCACAUUCUUCAUUGCAAUUGCAAACUAAAGCAUAAAAACAAGUUUUCAUUUCAUUUUGCUUGUUGCCACACAAAUACAUACAUGGUAAUGGCUCCAAGGGUUGUUUUGGUGACAGUGUUGUUGCUCUUUGUGUUUUCCAUUAACUGUAAAUCCUCUAGUGUUGGUCACAUGCCAUCAAACCAAGAGGAAAGUCGUGAUUUUCAGAAUGUGAAAGACAAGACCAUGGAAACUGCAAACAAAGCAUCAGAAGCAGGGAAAGAGGGAAAAGAAGCCGCAGAAACAUGGACUGGAUGGGCUAAAGAGAAACUCAGUGAAGGACUUGGUUUCAAAGAUAAAGAUAGUAGCAACACUGACAAGGCUUCUGAAUAUGCUUCAGACACUUCACACAAAACAAAAGACUGUGCUUCUGAUGCUGCACAAAAGACCAAAGACUAUGCUUCUGAAACUGCAAAAAAAUCAAAGGAAACUGCUCAAAGGGCCAAUGAUCAUGCCCAUGAUACUGCUGAGAAGACCAAAGACUAUGCUAGAGAUGCUUCUCAGAAGAUUAGAGAUUAUGCCACUGAUGCUGCUGAGAAGACUAAACAUCAUGCAGGUGAUGCUAGCGAGAGAACAGGACAAUAUGCAGAUGAUGCUGCAGAGGAUACCAGAGACUUUGCUGGGGAAGCUAUCCAUAAGGCUAGGGAAUAUACCGGUAGUGCAGCACAGAAGGCUAAAGAUUUGGCUGCUGAUGCUGCACAAAAAGCUAAAGAAUAUGCCACUGGUGCUGCAUACAAGUCCAAAGACUAUGCUGGUGAUGCUGCGGAGAAAACCAAAGAGUAUGCAGGUGAUGCUGCAGAGAAGUCCAAAGAUACAGCAUAUAAGACCAAAGACUAUGCUGGUGAUGCAGCAUAUAAGACCAAAGACUAUGCUGGUGAUGCAGCAUAUAAGGCCAAAGACUAUGCUGGUGAUGCUGCAUACAAGGCCAAAGACUAUGCUGGUGAUGCUGCAGAGAAGACCAAAGAUGCAGCAUAUAAGACCAAAGACUAUGCAGGUGAUGCUGCAGAGAAGAGCAAAGAGUAUGCAACUGAUGCUGCAUACAAGUCUAAAGACUAUGCUGGUGAUGCUGCUCAGAAAACCAAAGAGGCUUCUGAUUAUGCCAGUGAUACCACUAAGAAGACCACAAAUUAUGCAACUGAUACCGCAAAGAAAACCAAAGAUAAGAUUCAAGAUGUUGCCACUGGGGCAGGGGAAUACACAGCAGAGAAAGCAAGUAACAUAGCAGAUGCAGGUAAAGAUACCUUUGAGGCUGCAAAGCAUAAAUCAGAACAUGUGAAAGACAAAUUGGGUGAACAACGACAACGAGAUGCUGAGCUUUGAGCUUCUCAUCAUCAUGUACCUAAUAAUACUUGUUUCUGUCACAAGAGUUUCUCCAAUCUUUGUGUGUAUAUAAUAUGUGUCUUUGUUGUGUUCUCCACUAGUUAUGUUUUUUGUGCUUGGUCUCUCAUGUUAGUAAACCACAUAGCACAAGUUGGAACAUUUUGUAUCAAAUUAAAUAUGCUUUUUGUUUUCUAAAUCCUCGUUAAAAAUAAUAGUUACAAUCUCCUCAAACAUGUUCCAUUUCCUUGAAUAGAUGCUUCAAAUAAUAUUUGAUUUCCUUGAA